AUGGCCUCUCAAACCUGGCUAAUCACUGGAGCCUCAUCGGGCCUUGGCGCCGCACUUGCCGAAGCAGCCCUCCGAGCUGGCCACUCGGUGAUCGCCACGGCCCGCAACCCCACCAGUGCCGCCGAAGCCAACCCCCAAAUAUCAACUCUCGGAGGUAAAUGGAUCGAGCUCGACGUGACGAGCCCAGACACCACUGAAGCAGUGGAACGCGCGAUCCGCGACUUCGGCGGUGUCGAUGUCGUCGUCAACAAUGCCGGGUACUCGCUACUCGGUAGUAUCGAGGACAUGAGCGAAGCGGAAAUCCACUCCCAGUUCAACACGAAUGUCUAUGGCCCUGUUCGUGUGCUGAAGGGCGCUUUGCCGUUUAUGCGAGCUAGAAGGUCCGGCACGGUUAUUAAUAUUAGCAGUAGUGCUGGUAUUGAUGGACUGCCUACGUGUGCGAUGUAUGCGGGUUCGAAGUUUGCACUUGAAGGCAUGUCUGAAAGUCUAGCGAAAGAGCUGGCGCCGUUCAAUAUUCGGGUUCUUGUCGUCGAGCCGGGAUCUCUUCGGACUAAUUUUUGGUCAGCUUUAGUUGAGCCUGAGGCUGGGAUGAAUGGGGAUUAUGCAGGGACUCCGCUGGAACAGGUCUUGAAGAAGUUCAGGUCAAAUGAGGGUGCUCAGCCUGGUGAUGCUGUGAAGUGUGCUCAGAGGAUUCUGGAUGUUGUAGAUGGUACAGAUAUGGGGGCUGGGAAAGCGGAUCUGCUUCGUUUGCCACUGGGUGUGGAUUGCUAUGAUCGUUUCCAGGCUAAGAUUGAGAGGUUGCAGGAGAAUUUGCUGCAGGCGAAGGAUAUUGCACACUCGACAAGCUACUGA